GCUCUGACCCGGGCACUGGGGGCGGGAGGGAUCCGCUCCGGCUGUCUUCGCCUGCUUCAUGGCCUCCGCCGCCCGCAGCGCGCCUCUGCGGGAGAGCGCCAGCGCACUUGUUGAGGAUCCGCAGUUCCAGGAGAUCCUGCAGAGGAGCCGCAGCUUGACGCACAAGAUCCUGGACUCCAUAGCCGACACGCACAGCUCCUGCGUUCACACAGAGACUCUAAAGUUGGAUUCUUCAGACAUCGGCAGGUUUUCAACCAUGGCCACCAACAUUGGCUUCCCCCCGGCUCCUGUAGUGGUUUCAGAAAACUUCACUCUGGAAACUGUUUUGAGAGUGAUGCAUGAUGGGCUGCAGCUGCACCAAGGGUUACUGAGCUCCAUCGGCCCUCGACUAGCAGAGAAAGACAAAGUGGUUGCGUUGAUGUCCGAUGUCAGAGAUCUAAAAAACCAGAUUGCUAAGAUGCAGAAAAUGAACCAAUCGCACACUGCAGCGCCCCCCACGUCGGGCUCGGUGGAACUGCGCCUCCCGGGGGAAUUUGAGGUCAAGGUGGCGGCUCACCUGACCCUGGUCCAGCUGCAGGCGUUCAGCCGGGACGUGGAGCGUUGCCUCAGGAGUCUGGACCGCAGCGCCGACGACGACAACCAGAGCUGACCAAAGAUCGUUGUAUUCUUCUUUCGGCCUGAGCUGAAAACCUACGUUGCCGGUUUUGUUAUAUUUAUUGAUCUGCUAUUUAUUUGUUAAAUCUAUUUUUAUUUAUAUAUUUAUUUCUAGAGAGAUUGUAUUUAUUUAGGAAAUCUAUUUUUAUGAAAAACCUUAGCACUCGUCAGACAUAUGACCAGCUAUUAACACACAUAUUAGUGAGUUGUGGGAACAUAUUUAAGCAGCAGUAUGUAACCUUUUAAAAAAUGUUUUUUUUUAACAUAUUUGUUAAAAUUAUCAUCAUGUCAUGACGGUAUAAAACACAACCUUUGAAAAAAAAAAUACAGCUUCUCCCAAUACCAAAUGCAGAAAUUCACCACUCAGAAACAACCAAUCAGAGCGAGGAGGGUCUCAGCGCUGUCAAUCAUUCUCGUGCUCAGCUCCUCCUGCUUGCACUUUGCUACGCUACACCUGGUUCUCCACAACAUAGAAUGCCAUGAAUGCUAAUGCUAUUUAGCAUAGCCACUGAUGACAGUGGAUUAACAGUUUUUCUGUAACAGUAAGGAGGUUGAUUUACAGCGCUAAGCCCCACCUCCUGGCUCUGAUUGGCUGAUUUUGACCCAGAGCGAUGCAAUAUUAGCACUAGGAGGAGAUGGAGGACCUCAAUUUUUUCAGAUUGCUUGUCUCAUAAAAUAAUGUCACAACAUUUUGACAGUUUUAAUAAAUAUGGAAAAACACAUUUUUUGUAAAAGUUAUGAACUACAGCUUUAACGACGAUUAUAGAUGGUGUAACAUUUAAAAAGAAACUAUUUUUGUAUUGCUAUUUAAAAUCUAAUAUGUUGUUAUUUUCCUACAUCCCAAUACAAAAAUAAAACUGUUUUUCUUGAAAAUACAACUGUUCCAUUUUCAUAAUGAUGGUGCAGUGAAACCUGCUGACACGCGCUGCCUCGCUGGUGAAUUUGUUUCCGAAAUUCCAGCAAAGGACACAGAAGUGCAACUAAAAGUGAAACGGCGGCUCCGGCGUCACGUCAGACAGAGUUCCUGCAGGUGUGUCGCCAGUGGCAGAUGACCAACUGUCACCAGGACGAUGACUCCCUCAGCAUGUCAUGUGAAAAACCUCAGAGUGUCAUCAGUCUGACUAAGGCACAAAGUGAUCACAAGAACAGGCGAAACUGUUUAAACAAAUGUGAUCUGGUCAAAAAUAAAAACGUCACAGAAGUAAAUAACUGGCAAAACAAACUAUUUUUUUUAUUCAAAAACCUAUUUAUAAAGUCAAAGAUGUAUGAAAAAAGCUCAAAAAGAUACUGUGUGUAAAGAAAAAAAAAGGGAAGUCUAAUACUCCAGUCGGUCCGUUCAGGCUUAAGUUUUGUUUUUACCCUUCGUCCUUCAUCUUCGCUUCUCAGAACAUGUUAGAUUGGUCGGGCGGGUGA